AUGACUAGCUGGCUUAUGCCAUUUUCCCUGCUGGGUUCGUCCUCAGCUGAUCGAUUGAUUGGAGCACUGCUUGCGUUUCACUCAGAUUGGUUUAAUGAGCAGCUCCAUUCAGGCGGUGACGUAAUUAAAAGGGCAACUCUCAGCUACAGUUACAGGGCUCAAUGUAAUGCUUUUGCCGGCGCCUUGCGCGCAAGCUGCUUCGUGCAAUUGUUACAAGACGUGAGUCUGUUUUGGUUCGGGCAUGCUGGCGUAGUAGCUUGUUGCAUGAUGUGUGGAAUGUGGGUGGAAGCGUGGCUUAGUCCAUCUAUUCUCAAAGUUAGCCAUGCUAAUGCAUCCUUUCCAUCGCCUUUGGACACCGAGCUUCGGAAUUUUGCCUUGAGGAUUUGGCAGGAGGAAGGUCUGUCGCGAAGCAACAGGGGAGGCUGGCACAGUCGAUACCUGGAUGUCAAGGAGCCUGUCCUUUCUGGAUUCCUAAAGCAUGUUGAGAAUGUCUCAAGGCUGUUCCUACAAAAAUGGGACGGCGAUCAAACGUUGAGAGAAGCAUUUUCCACCAGGGUGCAAGUGGCAGCACUUUGGGUCAACGUCCAUGGAGCCGGACAUUACAAUGUGGAGCAUCAACAUGCUCAGGCCGGCUUUGCUGGGGAUGACAUUCCGUUGUUGUCUGGCGUAUACUAUCCCCGCAGCCUUGAGGGACGGCAUCCCGCCAAAUUGCAUUUUGCAGAUUGCAAUGGUUUUCUGCCUCAACUGAGAUGUAGUGUGGACCCUGAUCCAGGCACAAUGGUUCUCUUCCCUUCGACUCUACCACAUAGUGUGCAGCCAGCAAACCCAUCAAGUUCAGACAGUCAGCAAGCGCUUCGGAUCUCCUUCGCUUUCAACCUGAUAGUUCGCAGUACAGCUUCCAAGCUGCACGCUGCAGCCAUGACAGGAAACCUCGAACGUUUGAAGGAACUCCUUGUUAGCACGACGGGUGACGGUCCAGAUCCGGAUCAUGCCAUGGACCUCCAGGGCUUCUCACCUUUGCAUCAUGCUGCUGAGGCUGGACACAUUGAGGCUGUCAAGUCCUUGCUCCAAAGUCGUGCGAAUCCCUUGGCCCCUUCUACACACCAAUCCCUUCCUGUACACUUGGGAGCAGAAGCAGGACACCAUGCGGUGGUCAAAGAGUUUCUAAGAGUAGCCCCAGAUGUGGCUUCACAUCCAGGUGGAACCCAGAAUCGCACACUGGUCCAUAUUGCAGCUGCAAAUGGGCAUACCGAUUUGCUCCUUCACUUGCACAACCUUCAUGCAAACUUCUAUGCUCAGCAGGCAGAUGGAAGCAGUGCCUUACAUUCCUCGGUGCAGAACGGUCACGCAGCUGCAACUGAGCUAAUUUUGAAGCACUUCCCCAGCUUGGUCAAUGAAGCGGAUCUUGCAGGUCAUGAAGCUGCCCAUGAAGCUGCACGAGGCGGCUCUGAACACAUCCUUCGCUCCGUCCUCCGAGCUAGGGCCCAUACGCACAGCACGGCCCAAGACUCUUUGACUUACUGGGCGGCACAUGGUGGGCAUACCAACACACUUGAGUUGUUGUUCUCAGAGCUUGGUUUUCCCAAGUCGCAAGACAAUGCUUUCAGAACAGGAACUGCAAAGAGCGAGGCUGUGGCAAACUACUUGGCUGCUGCCUUGAUCGGAACUGGGAACAAUCCACAAAUGAAGAAGGAGGAGCUAAGCCUAAUGCAUGUUGCAGCCAGAGAUGGGCAUUUGAAAGUGGCAGAGUGGCUGGGGCAGCGCGGAUUUUCCUCCACGCCUGCAACUUCAUCUCAAUUGCUUCCGAUCCAUGUGGCUGCAAGUAGUGGGCAUGUCGAUGUCACGCGGUGGCUCUCACGAGAUGUGAGUGCCACCGCACGUGGAAACAUCACUCCACUUCACAUGGCAGCUUUGAAUGGUCACUCCGUGGUGGCUCAGUCUUUGCUUGCAUUGCAGGCUGAACCAUUGGCCGCAGCAACGGACGGAAGUCAGCCGUUGCAUGUGGCAGCGGCUGCUGGGCAUGUUGAACUUGCUGAGCUACUGUUAGGAGCACGCGCCCAGGUGGAUGCACCCACUCGCAAAAAACAUGUGCCGCUCCAUCGUGCAAAAGAGGCUGGCCAUGGAUCUUUGGUAGAACUACUGCUGAAGUAUUCCGCAGAGGGAUUGGAAGAGAGCAAACACAAGGACUUGCGACGCCAGGAGCUCUAA